CGGGCGGGCCGCCGCCAGUGUCCGCGGCCUUCGUGUGACGUGGCACACACACAGCGGAACACUUAGCUCCAGGGGAGCCGGAGUCGUCCGCCACAGUCGCCGGGCAGCUCGUUGUCCGUGAAGUCGUGCCCCGGGGGACUUCGCCGGCCUCGAGCGGUCCGUGCCGCCCCGCGUUGCCUAAAGGGAGGGGAGGAAAAGGGGGGGGAAAAAGCGUGAACGAACAGAGGAGGAGGCCCGACGACGCCCCGGACCCCCAGUCUCGUCUUUCGCGACCGCCGCCGCCAUGGGCCUCACCAUCUCUUCGCUAUUCUCUCGCCUCUUCGGCAAGAAGCAGAUGCGCAUCCUGAUGGUUGGAUUGGACGCUGCUGGCAAGACAACAAUUCUGUAUAAACUGAAGUUAGGGGAAAUAGUCACCACCAUUCCUACCAUUGGUUUUAAUGUGGAAACAGUAGAAUAUAAGAACAUUUGUUUCACAGUAUGGGAUGUUGGUGGUCAAGAUAAAAUCAGGCCUCUCUGGAGGCAUUACUUCCAGAAUACCCAGGGCCUUAUUUUUGUGGUGGAUAGCAACGACCGGGAACGAAUCCAGGAAGGAGCAGAUGUACUGCAGAAAAUGCUUCUGGAAGAUGAGCUGCAGGAUGCAGUACUGCUGCUGUUUGCAAACAAACAGGAUCUGCCCAAUGCCAUGGCCAUCAGCGAGAUGACGGACAAGCUAGGUCUGCAGUCUCUUCGGAACAGAACAUGGUAUGUUCAAGCUACCUGUGCUACACAAGGAACCGGUCUGUACGAGGGACUUGAUUGGCUGUCAAAUGAGCUUUCAAAACGUUAAAUGAAACUAGAUCUCUAACCAAGGACAUGUUUGAUAGAAUUGGUCUAGGCUUGUUACAACAAAAUUAGUUUGCAUCUUGGUUAUUAAGCAGUAUCUGAGACUGGUUCGGGCAGAAUAUCACAGCGUUUAAAACUCAUUUUGUUGCCAAUUAUUGAUUACCAAGCAUAUUUUUGCUAUUUAGCAAUAUGUUUGGUUUUAAAGAAAUUCUCCUUAGGGAAAAAAGUAUCAUUUUAAAAUUUUACUUCCCUUAAGCCUAAAUGCCUGGACAUAGCUAUUGUGACACCUUGAAAUAAAUCUAUCUUUUUUUUUUUUUUUGAGCCCACACCAAUAAUGUUUUCAAGUUACCCCCUUGUUACUUUACCAAUCAAUACCUUUAUCAUUCCUGGGACAGUCUGCUCACUUAAAAUGUAGCAUUCCAUUUAUAUUUAUUUCUUUCCCUCACCAAAAAGAUUUUUUAAUAAUAGCUUGUACCAGCCAGGGGUAUGCUCCAAAACACUAGUCAGUUUUCUUGCACUGAGGAAUUCACUCUUUUCCUCCUGUUAUUGACUCCUGGCUUCCAUCAGCCAAACUUGCCAUGGUGUGGUUUUGGACUUGACAGAAUUGUGUGCUGGCUGCAAAGAGUUCACAUUGAGGUGGUUUUCACUGCUCAGCAGAUUAGAUUGUCUUCCUCUACGUUCUCUCUCUUAUGUUGCAUGUUGCUUUUGGGAUCAGCCUGACUCUUUGCCCAGUAUAUGAUAGUUCUGCUCAUGUUUUCUGUUUAUUGGUGAACAUAUCUCCAUUAAGAGUUUUGAAAAACUCAUCAAACUACAUUUUCUUCAUACCCCCUUUGGAAAUCUUCCUAAUAAAAUUACUAAAAGAA